UUUGCUUUUCAACUCACCGGUGCCACUAGGCGACGUGCGGUCUUCCCAAGUAGACACUGUGCCGGAUUUCAUCAUUUGCCGUCUGGAUGUGUGUGUCCCCCUCUGCUACACGGACACGAAACGUGACAGGUGAAGCACAGCAAAUCUCUCUCGUUAUAUCUACCGCAAUAAUGGCGAGUGAGUGGGAAGAAAUUCGACGUCUCGCAGCUGAUUUCCAGAGGGCGCAGUUUGCCGAUACCGCGCAACGGUUAUCGGAGAGGGAUUGCAUUGAGAUUAUCGCAAGACUUUUGCAAGACAAGAAACUGGACGUGGUGCACACGCUCGACGGGAAGGAGUACGUCACCCCAGCGCAGAUCAGCAGAGAAAUCCGAGAUGAACUUUCCCGUCACGGAGGGCGGGUAAAUAUUUUGGAACUCCAACAGAUUAUCAAUGUCGAUUGGGUCGAUGUUGAAAAUAGAGCAAAUGACAUUGCAAAGUCUGACAAAAGUGUCCAGCUUGUGCUCGGCCAACUCAUCGAUGACGCCUACCUGAACCGUUUGGCUGAGGAAGUCAAUGACACACUCCAGGAAGCUGGUUUGAUCAGCAUCGCCGAGCUUUGUAAGAGCUACGAUUUACCAGGGGAUUUCCUCAACGACGAGCUCUGCAAGCGUCUCGGGAAGGUGAUCCAAGGAGAACUGGAUCAGUACAGCCGAGGAGUCAUAUUUACUCCUGCCUUCGUGGCCCGCCACACAGCCAAUAUAAGAGGGCUGUUCAGCGCCAUCACUCGGCCGACGCCUGUCGCCGGAGUGAUUGGCGCUUUUGGACUCCACGAGCAUCUCCUAUAUUCAGUUCUGGAGGAGCUGGUGAAUACCGGCCGCCUUAGAGGAACCAUUGUCGGAGGGCGACAAGACAACACUGUGUACAUCCCCGAUAUUUACUCCAAAACGCAGAACACUUGGGUGGAUUCCUUCCUCCGGCAGAAUGGGUAUUUAGAGUUUGAUUCUUUGAUCCGGUUGGGAAUCCCCGAGCCCAAGAGCUACAUAAAAAAGCGCUUCAAGUGCAACAAGCUACUUUUCCUCAGCACGGCUUGUGUGAGCCAGGCUCUGCUUGACCAGACGGAGGCCUGUGUCGAGGAAGCUGUCAGCUCUGCCACAUGGAUCGACAUACAGCAAAUUUUGCCGAGCUGCCUGUCGGAGGAGGACAUGGCGAUGUUGAUCAACCAGGCCAUGAGGAAUACCAACGUGCAAUCUUCUGCCAGAGUCCUGGGAGGCGCAGUCGUCGUCAGUGAAAAAUGGAUCAGCCAGUGCUUUGGUCUAUUUGAUGAUUCCAUACAACAGAAAGCUCAGAAGGAGUUCACGAGUGAUCCUGUGUUGCUGAUAACCGAAGAGGAUCUGAAGCGAGCGUCCAUGGUUGCGGAAAACUCUGCACCGUCAAAAAAGGACAAGAGAGACGGAGAGCGCAAGAAAAAAGCCACGGAGGGCAGCGGGACAGUGAAAGCGGGCGGAGGGGGCAACGCCAGGGAAAUCCGAAUUCGCAAAACCAAGAAGAAAGGGAGGAAAGACGAUGAAGAUGAAGAACCCAAACCUCGUUAUAAAAAGGAGGAAGCCUCCUUUAUGACCCAGGAAGAAAUCGUAGCUGUACUGGAGGAAAAAGUGAGCGACUGUCCACAAGAAAUCUUCUCUGAGCUGGCAGAGCAUUUAGAGCGGCCUUUGAGUAAAGCCUACCAGGAAGCGCUGCGGAGUUUGUUCUUGUCCACCACCUGCUCACUCUCAGGCGCCAACAAAAAGUCAGUGAAGAAUCUGCAGGAGGAGCUCACUAACCUGUACAACAACAUCAGGCUGUUUGAAAAAGGCACCAAAUUGUUCUCUGAUGAAACCCAGGUCAUCAUUGCCAAGCACGUUUUAAAAACCGUAGGCACCGAUGUCACCAACAUCCUCGUCAACUUCAUCGCCACCGACAUGAUGAUGUCCGUCGAGAACCCCAGCACCCUAACCAACGAGGUACGGUUGAAGAUUUUGGCCAAAGUUUCAAAUGAGACCAAAGUACCUCUGACGAAGCUGCACAACUGUCUGAAUGGUAAAACAAUCGAAGAGUUUCUGGACAACUUUGAGACCUCCGCAGAAGCGUGCGGCUUCAUGCUGAAGAAGGCCGACAAGAAAAAAGAGAGACAGGCCUUCCUGCUGCACCGCCAGACUUUGACUGAGCAGCUGAACGAGACCGAGGACCCUGCCCUGGUCCUCCACCUCACCAGUGUGCUGUUGUUUCAGGACAGCACUCACUGCAUCCUGCACGCUCCAGGACGCUGCGUACCUCAUAUUAUAGGUACCCUGACAGGCCGCAUACCCCCGGAGAAGCAGGAGCUGCUUACCGCCUAUCAGAGCCUGGUGGUGAAGCAACUGAUGAGCCAGAGUCAAGGACAGAAGCGGGAAGAGGUGAAGGACGAGGAGACGUCUAGUAUCCUAACGCAGUUCAAACCUUUGACACCACAAGUCAAGGAGCUGGUGCUUUCCCAGAGGAAGACAUCUACGAGCGAAGCACACACUUAAAACUACUACAUACGCUUCAUAGGAAUGAAUAGUGGCUUGAGAAUUUUGUGAUUUGUGUGAAUAAAACUAAAAAGCAG